AUGUUCGCAAACUGGAACCUCCUAAUCCCUGCCGAUAAGGACAAAUCCGCCCCGCGUAACCCCGCCAUCAAAAAGGCCCGUCUAACCUCCAUAACCUAUCCCCGGUGUAUCCCACUUUGUACUCCUCCUCCGCAAGAUACCCCUUCGACGGUCCCAUCUCUAGAAUCGAUUACCCAACUGUUCUCCACUCUCCGAAAACCCUCCGACGUACUUCCGUCGCAUCUACAACUUCUCAAUGUCAGCUAUACCUACGACCUUCCAUUAUCCUCCAUAGUUCCCACGAAAUAUCACCCUAACGAGAACGAUAGCGAUGAGAAUAGUCCGUUCAAUCAGAGGAAGAACGAGAUUGUAGUGGAGAAUCAGGAUGCGUAUGAUUUUAUUGCGAGACGGAGGAGGGAUAUUAAGAUUGGGAACUUUUAUAAGUUCUUUCAGGCGAUGGAGAUGGUGGAAUUGAUUCUGUCGUCGGAAAAUCCGGCGGAUAAGAAGGAGGUUAAGACGGGAGAUGGGAUACCCGUGGAUGGUGGUGCUGCCGGUGCUGCGGCUAGAAGUGCUGCGAAAUAUCGGGAAGAAUUGUUGAGAAAUUUCAUCGAUCCGAUAGCUUGGGGUUUUGAUAUGAGGAUAUACCCACCACGUUACCCUCCAAAGCUCCUCUCAAACCGUUCCCUCUUCUCAGUCAAAGCGGAUCUAUACCUCCAUAGCCAACCGCCCACCAUUCAAGAGCGUAAAGAAGGAGUAGUCCUCGGACCCGCAGCAAUACUACAAACCCGUAACGAGGAUAGUUUUACAGAAACAGACGACGUACCCGAUGCAGUUCACGAACUAUUGGCACUUUUAACACUGAGUCAAGAGAGAUCCAGGACGGGGAUGCACAAGAAAGUCAGAUACCAGGCUGUUGGGAAGGAUAAAGAAAUUGGUGGUGAUGACCUCUUCUUGUUCUCAUCCGUCAACCACCACCUCGCAGUCUCACACGUAUUCUUAACACAAGCAUACAUCAAAUUCAUCAGAACAGGCCAACUCCCAUCCGAAGAAUACAUGGAAAAGAACCCACAAUGGUGUUGUUGCAGAAUCGGACGAUCAAAAUGGUACAGUCUGAUUGAAGUCGACGGACGAAUCGAUGCUUUGAAAGCAGUCAUGGCGGUCAUGAAUUGGUUGAGAAGGACCGAUUAG